AAGUUACACAAGCUGAGGAGCUUCUGUCUGCCACAGGGUAUCCUGCCUGUCUCAGCCCUCUCCCUGCUCGUGUGGCUCCCUCUCUCCAUCCCGUUGCAAAGCCACCAGUUGUAUACAUUUUUAGGAAAACAGGAAAAUUCCCUCUUAACUGCACAGCAGAUCUUGGUGAGAGGCUCCUACCCCAUGGCGGGGAGCCAGGAGGGCUGGCGCUUGGGACACCUCCUCCUGGUGGGCUGCCAAGGACGGUGGCAGUGUCCUCCCGCCCAGGGCGGUGGCCGCGGGCACACGGCAUCCCGACCCUCCCCUCGAGACCUACUUCUGCCGGGAGAGGCAAGGCUGGCGGCUUCGAAAAAAAUCACAGCUCCAUUGUGCUCCAAAGUCAUACUGAAUGAUUCAGAUGGAAAGAAAAACCCACGUCAGAAGGAACAGGGGAUUCAAAGACGAGUGUCGAGGCCAGCAGACCAGGGACAUCGAUCCCAGGCAGCAGCACAUCCUGAGAAUGUUGCACCCUGUGACAGCAGCAACAUUAUGGUUUAUCUCUCUGCACCGGGGUCUGUGGAAGACAAGUGCUGCUCCCGGUACUGGGGGUGUCCCGGGGCACCCCUGGCCCCACGGGACUGGCAUCGAUUGCCCGGCGGUGGUGGGGCAGCAGGAAAACGCUCCUCUCCUACCUGGAGGACGCAGAUCCAGCCCCCAGCAGCUGGGGAAGGUGAACUCACUCCUUCCUCCUGGAGCAGGGCUGGCAGCAGUGGAGGUCAGGCAGGGCAGGAGGAAGGGACAGGGUCACCGGCGGCAGAGGCAGGCAGAGCCCGGGGACUCCUGUGCGGAAGCAGAGCAUGCAGUGACAGAGACAGUGUUGCCAUCACCGAACAUCUGGUGCGAAUGCUCCCCAAAAAUAGAUCACUUCCUUUCUUCCACCUCAAAGGAAACAGUGUUGGAAGGAGACUCAGAUACAGCAGGGCUGGUGCAAGGUGGGGUCUCGUUCACCGUCAGCCUCCCACUGGGAGCCACUUAAACAUCCCGGGGUGUGACUCUGGGACCAGACAUCAGUCUCAGGCAGGUUCUAAGGGAUUAGUCCUGAGAAACGCCCUGACAACCCACGUGGGUGCCCAGCCUCUCAGCACCCUGGAACAGAAACCCACCAGCACUUUCCAUCGUGGCUGGUAUUGCAAAACCAAUCCCUCUCUUCCCAAAGCUGCUCUCGUGCCGAGGGGCUCAGGCUGUGAUCAGCCCUCACCUGCAUUUUCCCGUACCAGUUUUACAGUACAGUGCUGCUUCACAGCAUCUUCCUUAUUGGCAGGCGUCAGGAGAAAUGUGUGUCAACAAAUCUGAAGCGAGCGUAAGCGCCGCUACAGUCAAGUCUGAUAAUAAAACAUGAGUCACUGUUAUUCAAUCAUUUACCGGCGCAUGUCUUGCAAGAAAGUUCUCUCUUCUAGGAAUCACCACCACACAAAUUUGAGAGUUGUUUUAAAGAGCACCUUGAUGCUGAGUUUUCAGAGGGCUGGUUCCUGCUACCCCUACUUGCAGCCCACUGUCCCGUGCUCCCUCUCCAUCUGCGUUUCAAAGCCAGGCAUGAGGCACCCAGCCCUGGCAUGGCCUGAUGCUCUUCCCAGGAAUUUUCACACCCAGUGUCUCCCCAACACCAAGAGUGAACUGGCAGCAAGGAGAGGGCUGCUGGGACUGACCCCCCCAGUUGCCAUCAAUGCCCCCCACGCCAUCUGUAGUGCUGCUGGACAGUGUUCAGGGGACUUUUCCCCUGGGAUGGGAUGAGGAAGAGCAUGGUUAACCUCAGCGUUUUGGCAAGGGAGACUUUUUCCCAUAAAGAUAUUAUUUUCAUUGUUUUCCUACAUUUCAGUUUGGGGAAGGAGCAGGAGGGGUCAGGAAUGUCAUCCCAGACAUUUCUUCAAAACUGUUUUUAUCCUUGGUAACAAAUGCCCCUGCCAAACACAGCAGCACACGUCCUCGGUUUCCCCUCCAUAAGCCUGAUUUUUUGAAUGGCUUCUUGGAAAAAGCAUUUACAUGGUGACCUCUUGCUGCUGUAAGAUGUGCAGGGAGAUGGGUCCUUUCCAGGCAUUCAAGCUGUAGUGCUUGGUCCUUCCUGUUUUUACUGAGGAACUUUUGGGAGGUCAGGAAUACAUGAAUUGAGCUUUUGCUGCCUUAAUAGGUGAAAGGCUGCUGGAAGCACGUGGAUAAACU